AAGAAUAAAAAUCCCACAAAGAAGAGAAGAGAAGAGACAGAGAGAUCAUAGAAUAUUCGUCGUUUUCAUUGUUUUCUUUAGCUUGGAGACUUUGUUGUUCGAAGGAAUCCAUAUCCAACUGCUUUCUCUCAUUUCAGACCUUGCCUUGCAGAUCCAGCAGAGUUUCAGUUGCUCUUUUUGUUGGAAUUGGGGAAGAUGGGAGUUUUCAGCUUAGAAAGCGUAAUUGAGGCCUUUGAAGCCUCCACCAAGGAUGCUGCUCAGGUUCAGAGAGAGACUCUGAGAUGGAUUCUGGAAGAGAACUCUGAGGCUGAGUACUUGCAAAGCUUGGGUCUUGCAGGGAGGACUGAUCCUGAGAGUUUCAAGGCUUGUGUUCCAUUGGUAACUCACAAGGAUUUGGAGCCUUAUGUUCAGAGGAUUGCUGAUGGAGAUUUCUCUCCUGUUCUCACUGGGAGUCCAAUCACUUCAUUGUCUUUGAGCUCUGGUACUACACAAGGGAGACCCAAACUUGUGCCUUUCAAUGAAGAAUUGGUGAAGUCCACUAUGCAGAUAUAUAGGACUUCCUAUGCUUUCAGAAAUAAAGAGUUCCCCACCAUGAAUGGAAAAGCACUGCAAUUCAUCUACGGCAGCAAGCAAUUUAUGACGAAGGGAGGCCUUACUGCAACGACAGCUACAACAAACGUCUAUCGUAGUGAACAAUUCAAACACACAAUGAAGGAUAUCCAGUCUCAGUGUUGUAGCCCUGAUGAAGUUAUAUUCGGUUCAGACUUUCACCAGUCCCUGUAUUGCCACCUCCUAUGCGGCCUAAUCUUCUCUGAGGAAGUGCAGCUUAUAUCAUCUACAUUUGCGCACAGUCUUGUCCACGCAUUUCGAACAUUUGAGCAGGUGUGGGAAGAACUAUGUGAUGAUAUCAGAGAAGGAGUUCUCUCUGACAGAAUCACUAUGCCCGCAAUGAGAGAUGCUGUGUCUAAAAUUCUGAAACCCAACCCGGAGUUGGCCGAUACCAUACGUGACAAAUGUGAGGGUUUAAGUAACUGGUAUGGUGUGAUUCCAGUGCUUUGGCCUAAUGCCAAGUAUGUUUAUGGAAUCAUGACUGGAUCGAUGGAACCAUAUUUGAAGAAGUUGAGGCAUUACACAGGAAGCUUACCAUUGAUGUCUGCUGAUUAUGGAUCUUCGGAAGGAUGGGUUGGGGCUAAUAUCAACCCUUCAUUGGCUCCUGAGUCUGCAACUUUUGCCGUGCUUCCAGAUAUCGCUUAUUUCGAAUUCAUUCCUCUCAGCGAGAAUUCAGAAGAUCAAGAGUUAGAGCAGAGUUCUUCUACCUCUCAUAACACAGAAUUAGAGCCAGUUGGAUUGACAGAAGUUGAGGUUGGCAAAGAGUAUGAGAUUUUGUUCACUAAUGUUGCAGGUCUAUAUCGUUAUCGUCUCGGGGAUGUUGUGAAGGUUGCUGGCUUUCAUAACUCGACACCGGAACUCAGGUUUGUUCGCAGAAGAAGCCUUCUUUUAACCAUAAACAUUGACAAGAACACAGAGAAGGAUCUCCAACUGGCUGUUGAAGAAGCCACCAAGCUCUUAGCAGCUGAAAAACUUGAAGUUGUGGAUUUCUCGAGCCAUGUUGAUGUUUCUACAGACCCUGGACACUAUGUGAUCUUCUGGGAGCUGAGCGGGAAUGCCCGAGAGGAUGUCUUGAGCAAUUGCUGUGACUGCUUAGACCGUGCCUUUAUCGACGCAGGCUAUGUUAGUUCAAGGAAAGUUCGUUCCAUCGGACCUCUUGAACUCCGGAUUGUUAAAAGAGGCACCUUCCAGAAGAUCCUUGACCACUUCCUGUCUCUCGGCGCGGCCGUGAGCCAGUUCAAGACUCCACGCUGUGUCGGUCAGUCAAACAGCAAAGUCUUGCAGAUACUUGAUGAUAAUGUCAUGGACAACUACUUUAGCUCUGCAUACGAUUAAAACUAGCAAUACUUUGAGCUCUUGUAAUGAUGCUAUAACUCUUGUAUUAUCUGCUUACGUAUUUCUAAUGCAAUAUGAGUUUGAUUUAAGAGAAA